AGUUGAUUGUUCUCUGCUCGCUCUUGGCCUACACCAGCGCUGGUAUAAUAGGAGCCCCAGCAGCCAUCACCUACUCCUCGCCGGCAAUUGCUGCAGCACCUUUCUCGUACUCAGCACCUGCACUUGCUGCACCUUUAUCCUACUCAGCGCCUGCAUUGACUUCUCAAUCAUCAAACAUCUACCGCAGUUUCGGAAACCUUGGUCAAAUUUCAACUUACUCGAAGACCAUCGAUACCCCAUUCUCCAGCGUAAGGAAGUCUGAUGUUAGAGUGUCCAAUCCUGGAGUACACAUUACUGAACCUCUAGGACAUUCUCUUAUCGGAGUCGCAUACUCUGCUGCACCAGCUGUUUCUCACAUCAGCUUUGAUUCUGGACUUGUACAUUAUGCUUUCUAA